UCAUCUCCCUUCAUUACAUUACCUUUCCCCCUUGCAACCUUUUUGUCUCUACACCAUAUUACCCUCACUUGACUUCCUUCACGCGACCGCAUCAUGAUCUGGGGAAAACAAGAAGACAAAGCGCCCGAGGUGGUACAACAGCCCAUUCCGCGCGAGAAGCUGCCGGAUCAGCUUCAGAAGCUCGUGGAUCACGAUGAUGGCUUUUACGACGACAUUUAUUCCUCCUACUCUGUUGACUCCACGGAAACCCCCUACCGCUAUGCCGGUUACGCGACUCGUCUGCGCACGAUUCUACUUUCCGCCCACCGCUAUGUCGCCUAUACCUCCGACAUUGGCGAAUCUUUCCGUCCCGUCGCGCACCCGUGGCUGGUGCGAUCCGCCUACGGUAUCUCAUGGACGUAUCUGAUUGGUGAUGUCGCGCACGAAGGCUACAAAGCGUACUUGCGCAACCGCAGCCUGCUAGCACCGCCCUGUGAAGCCUACAAAGAUGCCAGCGACCUGUCUCCCGAAAAGGUUGCCAAGGGCAUGGUCACCGGCAACCUCACCAGGCCUCUGACUUCGCCGUCGACCGACACCCUGACGCCCUGGCCUACCACCCAGGUUCCCCUCAUGGAAGACUAUCGCAUGGUGAUGGCCAAACGCGCCGUCUUCCAGAGUAUCGCCAGUAUGGGUCUGCCGGCAUUCACCAUCCAUUCCGUCGUGAAGUACACCGGUCGUUUGAUGAAGAACUCCAAGAAUGCUUUCCUUCGCACCUGGUCUCCUAUUGGCCUGGGUCUUGCCGUCGUCCCCUUCCUCCCCUACCUCUUCGAUGAGCCCGUUGAAGAAGCCGUCGAAUGGGCCUUCAGCCGCGGCUUGUGGAUCUACGGCGGUGACGAAGCCGUCCGCCCAACCCCACCCUCCAAGGCCGCUCGCAUGCCCCAGGAUGAAGCCACCACCUUAAGCCACUACCUUCGCGUGCAAACAGAGAAGCACAAUAACGAGCGCCUCGGCUCCGACGCCAGCAUCACUAACUCGGCUGCCAAUCUCUCUUGGGAGCAAUACAAAGAGGAGCGUCAACGGGCGAAGGAGCAGCGUCAGCGCGAACGCGAGCAUCACGACCACACGGGACCCCUUUCUUUCCUGAAUGGAUUCACCAAGGAAAAGAAGGAGUAGACGCCCCUCCCGUGUGGCGAUCUUUCUGUCACCUUGAUACCAAAUUCAGUUUCCUUUGUUUCCCCUAUUGCAUUUCUCGGACCAUUGAGCGUUUUGUCCGGGUCGCAGGGCAUUUACCGGUUUUUAACAUGUAUAUAUAUAUAUAUUAGUUAGCGGGUCUCUCUUCUCUUCAUAUCCGAGGCUUUUUAUUCUUUACUCCUUUGUGCCUCGCUCUAUCAUUAAAUUGCCUUCCUCACCGUUCUCGCUA